AUGCGCUCCGGCGCGGUGAUCGCUGCGGCCGCCAGCUUGCUGGCCAGCCUCAGCGCUGCGUCGACGCUCACGCCGCCGGUGCUACCGCUCAUUGUUCGCAGCCCGUAUCUCUCUACUUGGCUGGCCAACGCGAGAGAUGAGCCUUGGUCGAAAUGGCCAAUGUUCUACACGGGACAGUCUAUGGGCUUCAGUGUCCUCGCCUCGGUCCCAGACACCAACACAGUAUAUCCUUUGCUCGGCCGACCGCACGACUCCUUGGAUCGCGAGAGUAACCACUAUACCGUAGCGUUUCCCAAAUAUCUUGGUGCGCAGUAUGAUGCUUCGACGACCAACCUGUCGUAUGCAAUCCCAUCGUCCAAAUCCGCCAAUGGCAGUGUCGAGAUUGUCCUGUCUUUCCUCUCCCCGAUAACGCCGACGUCGACUCUGCGGCAGUCGAUUCCCGCCAGCUACCUGACAGUCCAUGUCAAGGGAAACUUCAACUUGGACAUCUAUCUCGAUCUGAACGGCCAAUGGGUUAGCGGCAACCGUGGCUCCAGGAUCGAGUGGGACUUGCACGAGACCCAUGAGAAGAACGCCAGGAAGCUCAAGACCUGGCGAGUAAAGAGGAGCAACGAGGAACUGUUCACAGAAUGGCAAGACCGGGCGGAAUGGGGCACCCUCCAUUUCACUGGUCCAGCCCAUGCCAGCCAUGAAUCUGGCACUUCAGGCCUUCUCCGACAGCGAUUCUCGCGUACCGGCACUCUGAAGAACGAGGUUGAUGAUUCAUUCCGCAACAUCAUGGACGAAGAGCCGGUAUUCGCGUUCAGCAAGUCGUUCAAUCUCAGUGGAGAUGGGUACACAGACGAAGCGGUCGAGGAUAGUAUCCUGUUUACCGUCACCCACAUCCAGGAUCCAGUGACCCAAUUCGCCUCCUCGAGGGGAUUGACCAUGAUGCGGCCGUUGUGGAUGUCGUACUUCUUCACCAAUGAUGCGCUGAUCUCGUUCCAUUACGAAGACUUUAAGCAUGCGUUCGCUCUCGCCCUCGACUAUUCCGUCAAGGUUGCCAAGGAUGCCUAUGCCAGCGGUAGCGAUAGCUACAAGGACAUUAUCGAGUUGAGUGCCAGACAGGUGCUUGGUGCUACCGUAUUCAGUGGCACACCCGACAACCCAAUCUUGUUCCUGAAAGAGAUCAGCUCGAAUGGCAAUUGCCAGACUGUCGAUGUCAUCUUCCCGGCGUUCCCCUUCUUCCUCUACACGAACCCCAAGUGGCUGGCCUACUUGCUUGAGCCUCUCCUCGAGCACAUGCUUAGCGGCCAAUACCCCAACGACUAUACCAUGCACGACCUCGGCACACACUUCCCCAACAUGACGGGACAUCCAGACGGAAGAGAUGAAUACAUGCCAGUGGAGGAGUGUGGUGACAUGCUGAUCAUGGGUCUGGCUUUGGUCAACAGUCUGAAAUAUGACUCCAGCUCGGAGGCUCAAAGCCCAUGGAGUGCUCUUGGCAAGCCCAAGGAUGUUGCCAGCCUUGAGGCGUCCGACAGUGUCAGCCCAUUCUCCCUGCCUGCGGUCUUGGAGACCCGCGAAGGCAUUUUCGGUCUUGACGACCAGUGGGGAGGCGUCACAGCCAAGCAUCAAGCAGAGAAAUGGGUCUCCCGUACAUACCGCCUCUGGAAGCAAUGGACUGGCUACCUCGUGGAGUACUCGUUGUAUCCAGAGAAUCAACUCUGCACGGAUGACUUCGCCGGCUGGUUGCCACUGAUGACCAAUCUUGCCCUCAAAGGCAUCAUUGGCAUCAAAGCGAUGAGCGAGCUCGCCGAGAUCGUUGGAGAGAAGGAGGACGCAAAGCACUACCGCAACAUCAGCGAAAAGUACAUCAAGACCUGGGAGAAGGAGGGUAUGGCGCGUGAUGGCGGCCGAGCCAAGUUGGCAUAUGACUGGCAAGGAAGCUGGACCACGAUCUACUCACUCUACGCCGACGCACUUCUGUGCUUCCAUCCCAGCCUGAACGCAACGCCGAGCGGCUUGGAGAUGCAUCGUGCAGGUUCGCAGGAGCCGUUGCUUCCAGGCAAUAAAGACGACUCGAGCAACUUCAUCCCAGACCACAUCUACAAGACGCAGUCCCGCUGGUACGUCACUGCGAUGCAGAAGUAUGGCUUGCCCCUGGACUCUCGCCACUUCUACACAAAGACCGAUUGGGAGUUCCAAGCUGCUGCUGUUGCUGGAAAGAAGACACGAGCUCAGAUCCUUGACAAGGUCGCGAAGUGGCUGAAUGAGACCAACACAGACCGUCCCUUUACGGAUCUGCACAACACUGAGGGAGACGGUGGAUUCCCUGGACCAAACUUCUUUGCUCGACCCGUCAUUGGCAGUCACUACGCCUUCUUGACCCUCGAGAGAGCGUGCGGCGGUAAGGCUAGCCAGGCUUUCGCGUAUGAGGAGUAG